AUGCACUGACGAGUACUCGAAAAUAAAUUACAUACGCCCCUACCACACACUAUAAUCAUCGUCGAGCAUGCGUGCGAAGAACAAUAUCGCUGGCUAUUUAGCGGUUGUGCAAACAUUGGAAGAGGGGAGUUCAACCUGGAGUCUAUGUUUUGAACGACUCGAAGUAUUCAGCAACGGAAUGCGUAAUGCAGAAAUUUUAAGGAGUUCGCCAGUUGUCUAGUCUAGAGAAACCCAACUAUGCAGAUAGUUAGAUGGCUUGAUAAUACGUGUCUCUCUUGUGGUUAGACAGAAGGAGAAGAUUAGCUAGGUAGAUAACGAUUUUAACACGGCAACGUUUGGCAGUUAGCUGCAGCUAACUUGCCGAGACUACCCUGGUCUGGAGCGGACCCAGAACUCAGACGCUGCCUGGGAAAGUUCCGUUGCUCGCUGGAUGUCACCAUAACGUGAUUUGCAUGCAGCUACAUCCAGAAAUAACUUAAAUCAACACACCCACAUGUGCCGAGUGUGUUAAAUGCAGCCAGCUAACACAAUAAUGUUUGCUAGCUGGCUAGCUUGUUAUCGGCGCUAGUUGGGUAGUUUGCUACCGAGGUAGCCGGUAUGUCCGCGACCAAACAAAUAGAACUUUGAGUUGUCACCGUGUUGGAUUUGCCCUGUCUGUUUUCAAAUUUAUAGCAUAAUUAUCACAAUCAUUUGGAUCUUUGUCGGACAUUUAACUUGUUACGAUAGGUUCAUCUUACGUAUUAGCCAGCUAGCUAACGUCUGUAUAACCGUAAGAAAAGAUUAUUGAGUGCGCUUUAGUGAGGACAUGUACUAGGCAUUGAAUGAUGUAUAUAGGGUAUGUGUUUUGAGUUGGGGUAAGAAGUUGGGGGACGCUGUUACAAUAGCUGUGUAGUGGCGACACAACUGAACUAGUUUCAAUAAACCGAGCUGUAAUUUCACGGCAGUCAGGAACUAUUUAUGGAGCAACGACACCCCUGACUGCCAUGGGAGGCUGUGUUGGAAGAGAGCUUGGGGACACGCAGGGGUCAUCGAGGAACGGUGGAAGGACCCGCAAACGUGGAGGACGCAACGAGCCCCUGAAGAAGGACAGGCCCAAGUGGAAGAGCGACUACCCCAUGACGGAGGGCCAGCUGCGGAGCAAGCGCGACGAGUUCUGGGACACCGCCCCGGCCUUCGACGGCCGCAAGGAGAUCUGGGACGCCCUGAAGGCAGCAGCCGUGGCCGCGGAGGGCAACGACCUGGCGCUCGCCCAGGCCAUCGUGGACGGAGCCAGCAUCACCCUGCCGCACGGGUCCCUGUCGGAGUGUUACGACGAGCUGGGGAACCAAUACCAGCUGCCGGCGUACUGCCUGGCCCCGCCCCUCAACCUGAUCACGGAGCGCGGCGAGGAUGACGACGCCACGGCAACGGAUGGCCCCGAAACGCCCGCCGCCACCACCGCCGCCGCCCCGCCCAAAAACGAGUUCCCGCUGAAGGUGCGGCUGUCCACGGCCCGGGACGUGCGGCUGAGCGCCAGCAUGGCCGACCCCAUCGGGCGGCUGAAGAGGCAGCUGCAGGCGCAGGAGGGCAUCGACCCCGCCCACCAGCGCUGGUUCUUCUCCGGCAAGCUGCUCACCGACAAGACCCGGCUGCAGGACACCAAGAUGCAGAAGGACUUCGUCAUCCAGGUCAUCGUCAGCCCCCCGCCGGUCAUCUCCAACUGAGCCUGGCCCCGCCCGCUGGGGGGAGGGGCUGACGGACCUAAACCACACCCCUUCCGUGUGACCCGGCUGCCCCCGCUCGCUGACUGAGUCAGGGGGAGAGGGACGGGGGGGGGGGGAGACUCUAAAUGCUGCUUUGUGUUGGUUAGCGGCUCGUCGGAGCACGAGUCCUGCGGCGCUGGCUUUCUUGCGUCGCCGUGCAUGCUGGGAUAGCCCCGCCCAGAGACGGAGGCCGCGCCUCUCUCACCACACACACACACACACACACACACACACACACUGCUCUCAGGGCGAAGCUGCAGGGGUGCACCGGCAGUCCAGAGGGUCAUUCUGCUGGGUAAAAUGACUCAUACUGGUAAUGUUCGUACUCUUGUUUGCUUCUUGUUUUGGGGGGCUAAGACCUGCUGUUGCCAUGGCGCACCCAUGCCAGGUGUAUGCCAGGUGUAAGGCCACCCAGUCAUGCAUCUGCCUGACCCCUAUACCCAGCAGGCACCUACUGGCAGUGUCUCAACUAUAUUUAUUUUUCAUUUUUCCUCUUCCUUAACAGAAAAUCUGUAGCCUUAGUUGCACACAGAAAUGCACAGAUGUGUUUGCCUGUAGGGUGAAAGUGACUGUAAAGCUAGCUGCACUGAUAAGCAGUCUCCCUGCUGCAGGUGUUCUAAUAGAGAGGCCAGCGCGUUUUGUUAUUAGCCCUGUGUGACUGCGCUCCUGUGUCCCGCUCUCUGAGACGGACAGUGGCAGGUCUGAGAUCAGUCUCCGGUCUCUCUCCGCUCCCGAAACGCCCGGGAGGGAGCCGUCCAGCCGGGUGUGAAACAGACUCCAGGGUGGGGGGGGGGGGGGCUUGUGUGCGUCACGGCGGGUGUGUUGUCCCCGGGCGUCGCGCGUCACACCCGACACACGCGACACGCACGGCGCCCUUGCGCGAUUAUCAACGCCGUCGUGCCCCGAAGCACGAGCGCUCGCAGGGGUUCAGAAACAAACAGCGCCUGGAACAAAACGCUGAACACGUCAAGGGCUUCACCGCAGACCGUUAGCGAGCUGACUGGCGAGGGGAAUCAAUCGUAGAUUAGUGGGCGCGUUUUCAAAGCAAACUUACAGGAAGCAUUUAAAUUACACAUGACGAGAUGAUCGAAGUUCUUUUUGCACAAAAUUAAGUGUAUUUUACCGUUUCCAUACGACAUGCACCACUUACCAGAACGGAAAGUCAUUUUCAUUUCCUCAGGAAACUUCAGAAUGUGUAUUUAAGAAUUAAACCCAAAGCGAUGUACUCAGUCAAAUGGCUUUGCUUCUUAAAGAGAGUGACCUUUCAAAUGCAAAUGUAUACCUGCUGAUGCAGCACAUGACUGAAAACCUUCCCAAAGUUAUAUUGAGAGAAGCCCGUGGUGUUUAAAGGACCCGCCCCCUCUCCCUGUGUGCUGGACCCAGAGCUGUUCAGUGUGCCCAUUGGUCAGAAUGGGUCAGACGACCGCCAUCGUGGUGACCAUGACAACGAUCGUCUGCUGUAUCUUCUUUUGUCUGCCUGGUGGAAACUCAAACAGUCAAGCUGCCAGUUUGCCAGGCUGAGGUCGUGUCUGGUAUCUUCAAUGUCAAUCUCAAGGUUGUAUGACAAAGUUAAAAAUGCACAGUAUAUGUCCUGUGAUUUCACGAAUGUAAUUUUACAUCCGUAUCAUAGGGAAGUCUUUUUUUCUUCUUCUUCUUUCCUUUUGUGUUUUUUCUUUUUUUAUUGUUGACUUCACCCAAAGAAUCUGACUCCACAGGAAGUGCAGUAAUCCCCCCCCCUUCUUAAUUCUUAAGAAAUUCUACUUCUGUAAAUUCUAAAAACCAAGAAACGAUACUCAAUCACACCACGGUUCAUUUCUGAUCACAGGUGUCACAAGUCUGCUCAGCCAGAUCCAUUGUGUGUGUGCACACACACACAACUGAAGUCUGCUUAGCCAGAUCCACCUUGCGCACACACACACACACAACACAAACAACUGAAAUCUGCUUAGCCAGAUCCAUCGUGCGUGCACACACACACACAACUGACAUCUGCUUAGCCAGAUCCAUCGUGCGUGUGCGCGCACACACACACACACACACACACACAACUGAAGUCUGCUUAGUCAGAUCCAUCUCUGUGAAUGCAAACCACUGGGAUCCCACCAGGUAAAAAUUCUUCAAUGGACUAUAAUUUUGUGAAUUCCUAAAAAAAAAUUUUCAUGUUUUUUUUUUUUUGUUGUCAGUAAUGUUUGUUUGAAAUUGGGGAGGAGUGUUGUGAUGUCUGCAGUGGAGUGCGGUGUUUCUGCGUGAGUCUGGUGAAAUCAGUGAACUCUGAGCUGCUCACCGUGAAAGCAGGCUGGGCCACAUUAAUAAAGCCAUUCAAUAUUGUUUUUCUUCUGCUUUUUUUUUUGGGAGGGGGGGCAUUAGAGAGGGGAGGCUGUAGGCUGCUUCUUUCAUGAAGCCCAAGAACUUUCCUUUGUCCUGUAUUAUGAUUGUUUUGGGGGGGGGGGGUCGGAUAUGUGUGUGUGUGUGUGUGUAUGUGUAUGUAUGUAUUGUGUAUAUAGUGACAUCGAAAUGUAUAAAAGUUAAUAUAACCUAGGAUUUCUGAUUUUAUGUUCAAUUUCUUUUACAAGUGGUGUAUGCAUUUGUAUCUGAAUUAAUUUCCACCUUUGUUUUCUAAAAAUUAAUUAAAAUGUAAAAAUUGUAA